AUGGGAGAGAAUGAAGGAGCUGAGAAGAAAGAGAAGCAUGAAAAGGAUAACGACGAGAAAGAAGAGAAGGGAGAGGAGAAAACCAAAGACAGGAAGAAGAAAGACAAGGAAAGUAAAGAUAAAAAGGAUAAAGGAGAUGGUGAGAAAGGGAAGAAGAACAAGAACCCUGAAGAUAAGAAGGACCCUGCGAAGCUAAGGGCCAAGCUACAGAAGCUCGACGCCAAGAUGGAGGCACUGUCCAAAAAAAGGGAGGAUAUCCUUAAACUUCUUCAAGAAGUUGAAAUCAAUGUCACACAAGCAAGUGGAGAGGCCGUCUAG